CGGUGAUGACGUUGGCAAACCGGUAUCGGCGGUAUCGAACAUAGUAAAACCAAGUGAAUCGCAACCGCACUUUUGUUUUAGGCAAGAUGAUGUGGAAGGUGUUCUCGUCCCGGGAGAGUAUUCGCGUGCUGCGUGGCAGUCGCGCCUUGUCCUCAAGCGCGCGGAGCCGAGUGAAGAUCAUCGGCUCGGACGAGGCGUACACGCAGAUCGUCACGGAGGGAACGGGUCGCAAGGCGAUCGUGUACUUCACGGCCAAGUGGUGCCCACCGUGCAAGAUGGUCGGCCCCAUUUACGACGAACUGAGGUGGGUGCUUCAUUGUAUGGGGUGGAUUAAGCAUCUGGUUGACGUGGUGGCGAUGCAGCGCCAAGUACGAGGACAUCGAUUUUGCCAAGCUGGAUGUCGAUGAGUUGAACGACACCACCUCCAAGGCUGGCGUGCGCUCGAUGCCCACGUUCUUCUAUUUCAAGGACGGCAAGUUCCAGCAGUCGCUUUCGUUUUCCGGUGCCGACGAGGAACUUCUACGCAACAACGUCAAGCAGUUGAGCGACCUGUAAGUACAGCCCAACUGAAGCGAGCGAGAAAUAUAUGCGCCCUGCAGGUGCAGACGUUGACUGCGACUGGAUAACAUCAAUGAGUAUAUGUACUGCCGCUGCUGUCCUGCACCGUCACCAUUUAGAUCUCCGCGUUUCCCAGCACUUUUAAAACUGAGUAUACUGUCGUUAAUGGCGACAAUACCGUAGCUCACCUGCACUGCAGUUGAAACGUUACGAGGCCUUCC